AUGAGUUAUGAAAUAUUAGCAAACAACGUAAUACGAGUAACUGCUUCAGACGGUUGCUCACACAACCCUUCCAACACUACUGUAACAGAAGAACCAGACACCAGUAUGAAUUACUAUCAUUACUUGCCCACAGAGGAGAAAAAGAAUCACGAUUGGAGGAAAAGAGUAGGACAGAAAUUAGCUAUUAGACUCAAGACAUAUGGUGUUGAACUUGAUCCGGACACAGCAGUGUUGGAGAAUUGGCCAAGCGGGUAUGAGCUAUACGAACAUAGAACCCGAAAGGAUAGUACGCAGAAAAUACGCACAGAUGUUUACUUGUUCGGUCGCCAUAGAUUCCGAUCUGCCAACGAAGUAGAACCACACAUUUUCUGGCUAAUAACAGACAAAACACUUCCAUGCCAAUGUAAAUACUGCACAAAAAGCAGGGUAGUACCCAAUAACAACACUAUAACAGGCUCAUCUGAAUCAUCAAUAGUCAAAAAGACAGAACCAGCCACAUUGAAAACAGAAUCAUCGACAUCCUUACAGUUUAAGCGAUAUUUUGCAUUUCGCACUGGAGAAUUGGUCUGGGUAGACUUGAAAGAUAUUGGAGACGCAACAUUUAUUCCUAUGGUUCGAUGGAAUGAUGGGAAAAUGAGAUAUUGGCCGUCAAUAAUAUGGACUCGCGACAGGCAUACCGACGUAAAACCGGGUGUUCCUGUCGUACUACACUAUCAUGUCAAACUACUACGUAUACCCAAAUGUAGACGACUCAAAGAAACCUCUCUUAGGCCAUGGUUAUCGCACAUUGCGAUGAUUACCCCCGAAGAUACAAGUCCAUCUCGGAACAAUGUAACAGACCUCAUACUCAAUCAGGAUUACAUAUCCGCCUUCGCUAUUGCUCUAAAUGCAGCACGCAAAUACACGGAGAGCUACGCAGUAGAAUCUCCGUAUCGAUACAGAGAAACGGAAUAUCGCUUAUUAUCCAUAUCUGACAUCAAGGAAAAACAACGCCUCCAGCUGAUGGCCCAACACGUACAUUACCAUUACAUUUGGAUCGGAUCAGAACAUGUGUAUGAGGACGAUGUACUUCGCCUGAAACCUGAAGCGGAUGAAAAAUAUUAUCUUCGCGUAGCUAGUAUCUACAAACAUCCCGAAAAAGGUAUCCAGUUUACAGGAGAUCUAUAUACGCGAGGCCAGGCUUUGAGAAAUGUCCCAGAGACUGUGGACGAUUAUUCAUGGGUACCAUGUAAUUCAGAAGAGGAGGAGUUUACAAUUGACUUAUGCGAUGUCGCCGGAAGAUUUUAUGCUACGUGGCCGGAUAUUGAGGGCUUGUCCAAAGCGAGGGAGCUGCUGAGGGUUCAUGUAAGACAUGAGUCUCUUGGCUGCGAUUGGAAGCAGAAUGGGUUUGCCGGUGAAAAUGCCGCAACCACUGGACGCGCUGCAAAACGGGGCACAAUACUGAAGCUCCCUGGUGAAAAUUUAAUGCGUAAACACAGGAGAGUAGAGAAAACUGGUGCCAACAAGAGUAACAGGAGAGACGAAGGCAAUGGAAGUGGAAGUACUGCCGCUCAACCUGCUGUCACUCGCCCCAUCACUACUCAACCUACAGGUACUCCACCUAUUGCUACCCAGUCGCCUGAUCGAUCCAUCACGACUCAACCCAUUACUACUCAAAUUGCUACCCCAAGUACAUCAACUAACGCAGCGGCAACCAUUCAGGCAAAUUGA